GGAGGUUUUUUGCAUCUUGCACAUUUACCAUUUCGACACUCUAGCUUUUGCGCUGUCUCAUAUUCCGUACGGCAUUCGUUGACACUAUUAACUGCGUUUCACGUAUUGCCGGCUCAACCGAAAAAACGGCUUUUACUAUCUACUUUAAUUAUUGAUAUUUUUUUAUUAUCUCCCUCUCAUUGACGUAAUGAAGCGCUUCGUUGUGUUGCUGCUGCUGGCAACGGCCAUCUUGGCUGUGCUGGCUUCCGCCCAGGCCGAAGACCCUGGAGUGGAGAUGCCCGGCAUCGUGCAGAUGACCAAGUCUAGCUUUAACGAGCUCGUCGGCAAGAAGAAAGCGGCGCUCGUCGAGUUCUACGCGCCGUGGUGCGGUCAUUGCAAGCACAUGGCCCCUGCAUACACCGAACUCGGCGCCGCCUUCCUACGCAGCAGCCGGGCAAAAGACCUACUGGUGAUCGGCAAGGUCGACUCCACCCAGGAGCAGGAAUUGGGCAAGAGGUUCGACGUCAAGGGCUUUCCGACAAUUCUGUACUUCCCCGCCGGGUCCACCACUCCGGUCAAGUAUGAGGGCCUGCGCACGGCGGACGACUUCGUCAAGUUCUUGUCCAGCAAGAUCCCCGGCCUGCUGAUGAGCCUUCCGCAGGAGCCGCAGUUUGCGGUGGAUCUCACGCCGGACAACUUCGACGCCGUCGCGCUGGACCCGACCAAGUCGGCGCUCGUCAUGUUCUACGCGCCGUGGUGCGGGCACUGCAAGGCGCUGAAGCCCAAGUACAGCCAGCUUGCGAAGAUUUACGAGAACGACGCGGAUGUGGUCAUUGCGCGCAUCGACGCCGACGACAAGGCGAACAAGGCCGUUGCGGAGCGGUACGAUGUCCACGGCUUCCCGACCAUCUACUUCUUCCCCAAGGGCGAAAACGCGAAGCCGGAAGAGUACAAGAGUGGCCGCGAGAUCGAGGACUUCUUGACGUUUGUGAAUGAGCGGGCCGGCACGCACCGGCUUGCCAACGGCGACCUUUCGUGGGACUUCGGCGUGAUUGAGGAGUUGUCGAAGGCCGUCGCGUCGGUCGCGGUCAGCGAAGGCACCGAGGCGACCGCCAGCGCCGUGGAGCAGGUGAAGGAGAUGGCGGCUAAGCUGGGAGACUCCCCGAGCACCGGCUACUACGUGAAGACGGCAGAGCGCAUUGCGGAGAAGGGCGGCGAGUCCGUCUCGACGGAGCUGGCACGUCUGCAGCGCACGCUGGACGGUGCCGUGAAGGGUGCGCGCCGGGACAACAUGCUGCUCCGCGUGAACAUCCUGACCGCCAUCUCGAAGCAGUUGUAA